ACGUGGGACACCCAAAAAAGGGCACAACAGCAACCAGAUUGGUUUGCGAGACCAUCGCCUACUCCAACAGCUCUCCAAAGCGAAUCAACUACUCGUAACACUCGGAUCCGAAGCUCGGUACUCAGCAGGUUGAGGCCCUCGGUCCACUCAAGGUUAAGACCUUCGAUCCAUACGAGACUCGGGGUAGGUGAGUCGAGCAGAUCUGGCGAACGACCCGAGGUCAGUAGCCGAGAAAGAAGAAGAGACAUGAGGCAUGAUCGAACCCCUAGCCCCCAUCGUACGCCCGAACGUUCUAAUCACAGAACCUCGGCAAACGAAGGCAUCAGGGCUAGACUCGGGAAAAGAAUCAUGACUCCUACGUCAUCCCCUUUCUCGGACGAGCUGAUCAUGGAAGAAAUACCGAAGGUAAGACUGCCAGCUCACCUAACCUACAGCGGAAUCACAGAUCCGAGGGAUCAUGUCAUCUCCUACGAGCAGCAAAUGUUCUUGAGUCCCUACUCCGAAGCAUGCUGGUGUAAAUACUUCCCAACCACGCUAACCGGAGUGGCGGGAGAGUGGUUUAGAUCGCUGCCGAAGGGAUCGAUCAAGAGCUGGAAAAAGCUGAAAAAGAGAUUCUGCACACAGUUCGUGAGCAACAAUCGCCCCGAGCGAACCACAGCAGAACUGACCUCAAUCCAACAAGAAAGAGACGAAAGUCUGAGAGAAUUCAUGGCCAGAUUCAUGAAGGAAUCAACAAACAUACCAAACUUGCAGCCAGACGUGGCCAUCUUCGCCUUGAAGCACGCGCUCCAGGAAGGGAAGUUCCGUGACGAACUCUCAAUGAAGAACCCCUCCAGAAUAGCUGACGUGCUCCAAAUGGCUGAUGCGUUCAUCAGAACCGAGGAGUUCAACAAGGCCGCUGCAAGACUGAAAGGAUCGUCGGAUCCGAGAGACACAAAGAAUACCCAGAGCAAGCCCGAGGGUAGCUCAAGGAAGGGGAAAGAGAAAGUAGGAGCUAGAGAGAUGAGCCCGAAGAAAGACGGGAGAAGGGGUGAACUUCAACCCAAGUACACCAACUACACUCCACUAGCUCUGCCCCGAAAGGAGAUAUUCAGCCUCAACAGAAAUGACGAAAAGUGGAAACUACCUGGGAAGCUCAAGUCCAACCCAGCUCGGAGAAACAAGAACAAAUGGUGCGAGUUCCAUGAUGACUUCGGUCACCAUACCGAAGAAUGCAACUCGCUGAAAGACAACAUUGAGGACCUCGUUCGCCGAGGCUACCUGAAACAGUACUUGUUAGACCGAAGGGAGGAAAAAGAAAAGGCCGCAAGCGGCAAACAACACGAGCAACCCCAGAAAAGGGUCUACGAAGCAACAGGGCACAAGAAAAAUGACAUCCUAGUGGUGUUCGGGGGACAGAAGUCUGGCCAGGCCAGCAAAAAACACCUAAGAGCCCUCUCCCAUCGGGUCAACUUCAGCGCGGUGGGAGACAACCAGCCACACCCCCCGAACAUGACCUUCACUGCUGAUGAUUGCUUCGGAGUCCAGUACAAACAUGACGAUCCUCUGGUCAUCUCCAUGGACCUCAAUAACCACAACGUACAUCGAGUGUUAGUCGACGGAGGAAGUGCCGUCAAUAUCAUCUUCAGAAACUGCUUCGAGCAGCUGAUCCUCGAAGAGCCAGAGGAAGCACUGACGAAAGUCAGUUAUCCUCUGAUCGGAUUCAACGGAUCCGCAGCUAUCCCUCGAGGAAAGAUCACCCUGCCAGUCACAGUGGGCGAAGGCCAGGCAGCAAAAACCCUUCGGGACGAAUUUUUGGUGAUGGACUGCGACUCCGUAUACAACGUAAUCAUGGGGAGAACCAUGAUUCACAAGAUGCAAGCAGUCCCCUCCACAUACCACCAGCUGAUGAUAUACGUCUCGGAUGCAGGAUUCGCCGAACGAAUCAGAGGUGAUCAAGAAGUGGCGAGAAGAACCUGCCACACUGCUGUCCGAAAGCCCAAACUAGAGGACGGCCCCGAGGAAGAAAAAGGAGCUAAGGGAGAGGAAAGCGAGGCAAAAAGGAGAAGAGCAAGCACAAGCAGCUUGUCUCCCGCAGAAGUUGAUGCCCGCCCCGAAACCCUAUCUCCCGAACCAGAUCAAGAAAUGGAGGAUAUCUUCCUCGAAGAGGAUUCAGAUAGGAGCGUCCGAAUAGGCAAGGGCCUAAGCUCGGGGCUCCGAAUCGAUUUGAUCCGAUUACUCAGGGAUCAUAAAGACAUCUUUGCAUGGUCAGCAGCAGAUAUGCCAGGGAUAAAUCCGAAGCUGAUUUGUCACAAGCUGGACGUCAACGCUGAAGCUCGGCCAGUCAAGCAAAAAAAGAGGAACUACUCCUCGGAGAAAAACAAAGCCAUCGCCGAGGAGGUGAAAAAGUUGCAGGAGGCCGGAUUCAUUGAGCCAUGCAUGUAUCCGAAAUGGCUGGCCAACGUGGUGAUGGUCAAAAAAGCGAAUGGCUCCUGGCGAAUGUGCGUGGAUUUCACAAACCUGAACCGAGCCUGCCCCAAAGACUGCUAUCCCCUGCCAAGGAUAGAUCAAUUGGUUGACUCCACCAGCGGCCAUGCACUGCUCAGCUUCAUGGAUGCCUUUUCAGGCUACCACCAAGUAUUCAUGCACCCCGAUGACAGGGCAAAGACAGCGUUCAUCACGAGCGCAGGAGUGUUCAACUACAAAAUGAUGCCUUUCGGCUUGAAAAAUGCCGGAGCCACCUACCAGAGACUAGUUGAUCACGUCUUCGCCGACCAGAAAGGGAGGAAUGUGGAGGUCUAUGUGGAUGACUCCAUCGUAAAAAGCAUCAAAGAGGAAGACCACGUCAAAGACUUGGCAGAGACCUUCGGAAACCUGAGGAAGCACAGCAUGAAGCUGAACCCAAAAAAAUGCGUCUUCGGGGUGAAGUCAGGUAAAUUCCUCGGAUUCAUGGUGAGCGAAAGAGGAAUUGAUGCGAACCCGGACAAAGUCCAAGCGGCAUUGGAUUUACCCGAGCCGAAGACCAAGAGAGAUGUGCAGAGGCUAACCGGCAGGUUAGCCGCACUAACAAGGUUCAUAUCAAAGGCCUCGGAUAAGGGAGCCCCCUUCUUCAAAGCACUGAAACCAAAGAACCUCCCCGGAGGAGAAGCAGAACCAGUCAAGAAAAAAGGGGUCCCGAGGAAAGUGGAUCCCGAACUGAUAUGGGAACAGGAGCAAAAAGAAGCUUUUCAGCAACUCAGAGCCCACCUAGCUCAACUGCCGACACUGGCCAGACCAAAGGAGGGGGAAACCCUGUACCUAUAUGUCGCAGUUAGCCCUGGAACCGUCAGCGCAGUGCUUCUUCGGGAAGAAGAAAAGAAGCAACAGCCAAUCUACUUCACCAGCCGAACACUCACAGGGGCCGAAACCCGGUACCCACUCAUCGAGAAAGUCGCAUAUGCAGUAGUGGUAGCUGCACGAAAACUGAGGCCAUACUUCGACUCCCACCAGAUCACAGUGCUAACUGACCAACCGCUCGAAAAAGUACUCGACAAAAUAGAGAGGUCAGGAAGAUUGGCUGCCUGGGCCUUCGAACUAUCAGAGUUCGGCAUCAAAUAUCAGCCGAGGACAGCAAUCAAAGCACAAGCAUUGGCAGACUUCUUGGCCGAGUGCUCAUACCAGGAAAUGUUGGAUGAUACGAAAAGCACUUGGGAGGUCUUCACUGACGGAUCUUCCACAAUAAACGGCUCAGGGGCAGGAGUUGUACUGAUCCCCCCGACGGGGAAAAGCAUAGAGUAUGCAUUGAAGUUCGGCUUCAAAGCAACCAACAACGAGGCCGAAUACGAGGCCGCAAUCGCAGGGAUAGAGCUUUGUUUAUCCCUGGAGGCCGAACAUGUUCGCCUCAAAACUGAUUCCCAGCUUGUAGCCAACCAGAUCCGAGGGGAGUAUGAGGCCAAAUGGCCCAGCAUGACAGCCUAUUUAGCAAAAAUUAAAUCCUUAACGUCAAAGUUAAGAUCCUUUGAAGUCAUCCUCAUUCCCCGAGGACAGAACACGCAAGCAGACGCACUGUCAAAACUCGCAAGCUCAACACUGAUCGACCUAAACAGGUCGGUCCACGUGGAAGUUCACCAAGAGAGAAGCAUCGACUUGCUACCCACCACAGUAUGCAGCUUACGUACCGAACCUAGCUGGAUGGACGCAGUAGUUGCAUACAAAGAAAGGGGAGAACUUCCCGAAGAUAAGCUGCAAGCGAGAAAACUGAAAAGAUUCAACAGAUGGUUCAUCAUCAGCGCCGAAGGAGAGCUCAUGAGGAAAUCAUUCUCUGCUCCGCUGCUAAAAUGUGUGGGUCCAACAGACGCUGACUACAUCCUAAGGGAAAUCCACCUCGGGAUAUGCGGAAACCACAUUGGAGGUAGGACAUUAGCACAUAAAGCCCUUCGGGCUGGGUACUGGUGGCCCACUAUGGUCUCCGAGGCAAAGCAGAUGGCAAGGAAAUGCGAGAAAUGCCAAAAGUUCGCACCAGCCAUCCAUCAACCAGCUCAAACCCUACAAUCAACACUGUAUCCCUUACCAUUCGCACAGUGGGGGUUAGACAUCAUUGGUCCCUUCCCCUCAGCGACGAACCAGAAGAAGUGGUUGAUUGUAGGAGUCGACUAUUUUAGCAAAUGGAUCGAAGCCGAAGCUGUCUCCUCCAUCACCGAACCUCAGGUCCGCAAGUUCAUAUGG